AGCUGUCCGCGGCGCAGAUUCCUGCUUCUGGUCGGAUCGGAUCCCCCCCCCCCCCUCCUCCUGUAACCCCCCUCCCCAGAUAUUUUGUUUUCCGCUCCCCGGUUUCUCGCUCCGACUGGGCGCUUUUAUAUCGCGCACGUCGGCGCUCAGUCGCCCGCAGCUCUUUUUCGUCCUUGCGCUGCGCCUCCCGUGGCAAUGGAUUGAUUUCUGCGCGCGCGUGUGUGUGUGUGAGUGCGUGCGUGCGUGCGCGCGUGUGUGUGUUUUUCCCUUCUCCGACCUCUGCCUCGACCAAGUUGAGCAAACAGUCUCUCUCUCUCUCGCUUCCCAGCUAUUCAUGUUUCCUCCGGACAGUUUUAAAAGAACCAGACUGCGGAUGUUUUUGCACAUUUUAGGACUUUGAACUUUUUUUUUUUUUUCUUGCAGGAUUUUAAGGAAUUUUUUUUAAUUUUUUUUUUUUUUUUGUUAAAGCUACUGCGGGGUUCCUGACGCCUGCAAAGAUUAAUUGGUGAAAAGUGAUGGCCGAGCGGGGAGCUCUGUCGCUCCUCUCUCUCCUCUGUCUCACCUUCCUCCGCACGGAGACCACCGCGGCGAAGCAUGUCGACAAAGGUUCAGCGGCGCAGCCCUUCACCCCCUUCUGGUUCACGGUGGAGCCCGAGGACACGCUGGCCAUCCGGGGCAACUCGGCGCUGCUCAACUGCUCGACCCACAGCGACCCGGCGGCGCCGGCGGUGCGCGUCGAGUGGAAGAAGGACGGCACCUUCAUGAGCCUGGUGUCGGACGAGCGGCGGAGCGUGCUGCCCGACGGCUCGCUGUUCUUCGCCCACGUGGUCCACUCCAAGCACAACAAGCCGGACGAGGGCACCUACCAGUGCGUCGCCACCAUCGACAACAUCGGCUCCAUUUCCAGCCGCACGGCCCGCCUCGCCGUAGCAGGGAUGCCGCGCUUCGCCAGCCAGCCCUCGCCGGCCGCCGUGCACCUGGGGAGCAGCCAGGUGAUGGCGUGCGAGGUCAACGGCGACCUGGUGCCCUUCGCCCGGUGGGAGAAGGACCGCCUGCCGCUGGAGCCCAGCGCCAGGCUGGUCCAGCUGCCCAGCGGCGCCCUGGUGAUCAGCAACGCCACGGAGGCCGACGCCGGCCUGUACCGCUGCCUGGUGGAGAACGUGGGGUCGUCCAAGGCCAGCGACGAGGCCCAGCUGCAAACGCUGCCAGAAACCGGAGAAGAGCGGAAGCUGGAGUUCCUGGUGCAGCCGGCGCCGGUGACCAAGGCGGUGGGCGCCGACGUGCUGCUGCCGUGCCUGGUCACCGGUUUCCCCGCGCCGCGCCUUCGCUGGAUGUUUGGAGACAAGCACCUGGAAGAAAGCGAGGGCCGCGUGGAGCUGCUGGGCGGAGGCAGCCUGCAGAUCUCCAACCUGACGGAGGAGGACGCCGGCGUCUACACCUGCGCGGCGGACAGCGGCAACGCCACCGUCGAAGCCCAGGCCCAACUCACCAUGCAAGUUCCUCCUCGGUUUGUCAAGCGGCCGGACAACAUCUAUGCCUACGAGUCCAUGGACAUCGUCUUCGAGUGCGAGGUGUCGGGGUCGCCGGCUCCCACCGUCAAAUGGGUCAAGAACGGAGAUGCCGUCAUCCCCAGUGACUACUUCAAAAUAAUUAAGGAGCACAACCUGCAGGUUCUGGGUCUGGUCAAGUCGGACGAGGGCUUCUAUCAGUGCCUCGCGGAGAACGACGCGGGCAACAUCCAGUCCAGCGCGCAGCUCGUCAUCUUAGACCACGAUGUAGCCCUGCCCUCUUUUCUCUCCCCCCUCACUGACUCCUAACACUGCUGACCAUGUAACGCCAGGCUCCAGAGGGCAGCCCGUCCGGCGGGGCCCGCCCCCUCGCCCCCCCGCGACGUCGUGGCCUCCCUGGUUUCCACCCGUUUCAUCAAGCUGACGUGGCGCCCGCCAGCCGAGCCCCACGGAGACGAGUUGACCUUCUCUGUUUUCUACAGCCAGGAGGGAACCAGCAGGGAGCGAGUAGUGAACACCAGCCGUCCAGGAGAGAUGCAGGUCACCAUCCAGAACCUCAUGCCAGACACCAAAUAUCGCUUCAGGGUCGUGGCCCACAACGGCAACGGCCAGGGGGAGAGCUCCGCAGCGCUCAAAGUGGCCACCCAGGCUGAAGUGCAAGUCCCCGGCCCCGCCCCCAACCUGCAGGCGGCGUCCAACUCGCCCACCUCCGUCUCUCUCAGCUGGGACAAACCGCUCACCGGCAACGGAGAGAUGCUCACCUACAAGUUGUACUACACGGACAAAAGCUUUGGCAGCGAGCAGGACGUGGACGUGGACGCUCAGUCCUACGCCAUGACGGGGCUGAAGAAGAACACGGAGUACAGCUUCCGCGUUGUGGCCAACAACCAGCACGGCCCGGGCGUCUCCACCGACGACAUCGUCGUCCGCACGUUGUCCGACGUACCAAGUGCUCCUCCUCAAAACCUCACCGUGGAGGUCCAGAACUCAAAGAGCAUCAUGCUGCGGUGGCAGCCCCCGCCCCUCAGCGGCCAGAACGGGGAGAUCACCAGCUACAAGAUCCGAUACCGGAAAGGAUACCGCAGGAGCGAAGCAGCCGAGACCACCGCGGGCACCCAGCUUGUAAAGCUCAUUGACGGGCUGGAGCGCGGCACGGAGUACUCCUUCCGGGUGUCGGCCAUGACGGUGAACGGCACUGGACCGGCCACCGAGUGGACCGCGGCAGAGACGUUCGAGAGCGACCUGGACGAGUCCCGCGUCCCGGACCAGCCCAGCUCGCUCCACGUCCGCCCGCUGGUCAGCAGCAUCGUGGUGAGCUGGACGCCGCCGGAGAACCAGGACAUCGUGGUGCGCGGCUACAGCAUCGGCUACGGCAUCGGGAGCCCCCACACGCAGACCAUCAAGGUGGACUACAAGCAGCGCUACUACACCAUCGAGAACCUCGACCCCAGCUCCCACUACGUCAUCACCCUGAAGGCCUACAACAACAUGGGCGAGGGGAUUCCCGUGUACGAGAGCGCCAACACCCGUCCGCAGUCCGACCUCGAUGUUGACCCGUACGAACUCUCCCAUGCUCCAUACACCCCAGUACCAGACCCCUCCCCCAUGAUGCCGCCCGUGGGCGUUCAGGCCUCCGUGCUGACGCACGACACCAUCAAGGUGACCUGGGCCGACAACUCGCUGCCCAAGAACCAAAAGAUCACCGAUAACCGCUUCUACACGGUCCGCUGGAAGACCAACAUCCCCGCCAACACCAAAGUCAAGACGGCCAACGCCACCAGCCUGAGCCACAUGGUGACCGGCCUGAAGCCCAACACGCUCUACGAGUUCUCCGUCAUGGUCACCAAAGGGCGGCGCUCCAGCACGUGGAGCAUGACUGCACAGGGCACCACCUUUGAAACCACUCCCAGCUCGUCCCCGAAAGACGUGACCGUGGUGAGCAAAGAGAACAAGCCUCGCACCAUCAUAGUCAACUGGCAGCCUCCCUCUGAAGCCAAUGGGAAGAUCACCGGCUACAUCAUCUACUACAGCACAGACGUCAACGCCGAGGUCCACGACUGGGUAAUUGAACCGGUGGUGGGCAACCGCCUGACCCACCAGAUCCAGGACCUGACGCUGGACACCACCUACUACUUCAAGAUCCAGGCCCGCAACUCCAAGGGCAUGGGGCCCAUGUCCGAGGCCGUCCACUUCCGCACCCCAAAGACCGAGUCCUCUGACAAAAUGGCUAAUGACCAAGCCUCAAAUCUUCCACCCAAACCGGGGCCUCCAGGCAACUCGCAUCCCCAGGACCCCGGAACGGCUGUCGGGGUCGGAGGCAACGGCGAAAGUCACAUCCUGGUCAUCGUCAUCAUCAUCUCCGUGGGGGCCUUCACCAUCAUCGUGGUGGUGGUCGGGGCCUUCCUGUGCACGCGGCGCACCACGUCCCACCAGAAAAAAAAGCGGGCGGCCUCCAAGUCGUCCAACGGCUCCCACAAGUACAAGGGGAACUCCAAAGACCUGAAGCCCCCGGACCUGUGGAUCCACCACGAGCGGCUGGAGCUGAAACCCAUGGACAAGUCGCCGGAUCCCAACCCGGUGAUGACCGAGACGCCCAUCCCCCGCACCUCGCAGGACAUCACGCCGGCCGACGCCGGCCUGGACGGCAACCCCCACCUGCAGCAGCGCCGCAACUCCUACCGCGGCCACGAGUCAGAGGACAGCAUGUCGGCACUAGCAGCCCGACGAGGGAUGAGGCCUAAAAUGAUGAUGCCUUUUGACGCGCAGCCGCCCCAGCCCGUGAUUAGCGCUCACCCCAUCCAUUCCCUCGAUAACCAUCACCACUAUUAUCACAUGGGCAGCCUGGCGGCGCCGACGCGCAGCUACCUCUACCACCAGGGCGGCGGGCACCCGCGCCCGCACGCCUGCGCCACCCCCGUCUCCCAUCUAGAGAGGGUGGAGUCCACAGAGUCGGUGAGGAAUGCCCCCAGCUCGGAGCCCCUCCCAGCAGCCACCACCUCCUCCCAGGUCUCCUGCCCCUCGGAGAUCAUGGUGGACCCCGAGGGCAGCUACCACGGCUCCACCACCACCGAGGAGGAGGCCAGCUACUCCGGCAACCUGCCCCCCCACCGCUCGGCCCACCCGCACGCCCACGCCCACCCGCUCAAGAGCUUCGGCGUGCCCGCCAUCGCAGCCCCCGGCCACCCGGCGUACGAGUCGCCCGCCCUGCCCAGCACCCCGCUGCUGGCUCAGACCGGGGCCCCCACUCACCCCCAUGUUGUUAAAACAGCCUCUAUCGGAACCCUAGGGAGGACACGGACACCGAUGGUGGUCACGGUGCCCAACGCCCCCGAUGUGCCCGAGACCAGCAAGAUGCUGGAAGAUGUCGACAGCAGCUACGAGCCCGACGAGCUGACCGAGGAGAUGGCCCACCUCGAGGGCCUCAUGAAGGACCUGAACGCCAUCACUACAGCGCCAUGAGCGCGCACACAAACACACACACACACACUCGCGCACACACACACACACACACACACACACUCCCUCUGUCAUCCGCACGUACACACAGAAAGACGCACACUCUAAGGUCAAACAAACACGGCCAAACAUGAAGCUCGGGAGGCCGGUGGACACUGAAUGGCUUCUCGCGUCCGCCUGCAGGACAAAAAAACAAGAAAAAAAGCAAAACAAACUGCAGACUGAAAACGCCGGAACUUUCUUUUCCGCUUCGCCGCGUCUCAGGAAGGAGACGGAGAGAAGAAGAAGACGAGGAGGAGGAGGAGGAGGAGGAGGACGGAAAGAAGAAGUGACUCGGUUCGUCAUUUUUACGAAGAACCAUUCUCAGAGACAAUGAACUUUUACAACGUCGGCCGCUUUCCACCGAAGGAUUGUGAGUUCCCUCCUGGGCGGGCUGCUUCGCGGCGAGCGUUCCCUCGCGAUAACCCAGCGGCGGAUUCCACGUCGACGUGGAAAGGAGGAAGUCUGGAACGUAUGCUGGUUUUGAUGUUGGUGCUCAUGCGGCGAAGUCUACACAGUGUUUGUUUGAUUAGUGUUUUCUUUGUGCAUUUUGUGUAUCUAUUGGGCCGUUUCAGUGAAGUGAACAUUGGAUAUCAGCCCCCCCCCCCCUUCCCCUCUCCCCUUUACAAGCCUACAUUAUUCAUAAACCUCGUUUUUACCCCCUCGUGUCUUAUAACGUGCCAUGACUUUUUAUUAUUUUCUAUAUUAUUGUAUUAUUUUUUUACACACAUAUCCUUAUAAACAUGUACAUAUGUUGUGUGUGUGUUUUUUAACUGCCUCAUUCUUUCGAUGUUUCCCCAUUUGUUUCGUUAUUAUUAUUAUUUGGGAUGAAAGUGGGACUACAAGCGAGUCCUGCAGCUCAGUUUUCAUAUCAGAAAAGGGGAGAGAAGCCUGAUGUGUUUUACAGUUUACUGUGUUGGCCCCCUUUUGUACGUUUAAAGAGUCGUCUUUCUCCGUCUUCUGUUAGUCGUGGGAGCUCCGUUCGAAAAGCCUCACCAACGUGUUUGUAUGCAGGAAACGUGGCAACAUGCUUCUCUGCAGUCCUGUGGGACUUGACAGUAUCUCCUCACAGGUCGGGGGUACCUAAAGGACUCAGGGCGCUGACCCCCCCCCCUGCACACCCCUCCUGAACAGAGAAUAACUCGCGUGGCAGUCAGUCAAUCGAUCAAUCGCCUGCAGCAGACGAGUUAUCUUUUAUACGAGAAGUUUGGUCGAAUAUUUGUGUCGUUUCCAAAAACCAAUAUUUGGUUUCAGGCGUGCGUCCCGCGGAGCAACGCGCUCUCACAGCGGCGGGUGUCUCCUUUUCCUUUUUUCCCAUUCCGUUCAUGCCCUGGUUCUUUUACAAAAGAUGGCCGUUUAAAUGGGACUCCCCGAUUUUCUUUUUUUUUUUUUUUUUUACAUGCUAGUUUUUGUAUCAAGAAAAAAAAAACAUGAAUCUUGUUCUCUACACACAUCCGAUUUAAAAAAGGAAAAAAAAAAAAAGUUCAUCCAAGAAGCUCGUUUUUAUUACCCUCUUACCCAAAGAAAUUUGUCAUUUGCAAUCAUAGUAAUUUGCUCUACUUUUGUGAAUACCAUGUUUCUCAUCAAUGUACAUCGUCAUGAAUGUCAAUAUAACUGUACGAGAUUUUAACAAACGAACAAGUUUUGGAGAAGACGUGAUUGAAAACAAAGGGGGGGGAAAAGAACCGGACUCCAUUUGCGAAAAUAAUCUAUUGAGUUGUAAACAGUUGAACCUGUAUUGCACUUUUUCACAAUUUUUGAAAAGUACAUUUCUUACAUAUCUUGUGUUUUAAAUAUCAAACGCUGUUUGUGUAACGUAGUGUCCUAGGUAAGCAGCAGGCAGCUGGUCUUGUUUUUUUAGGUUUAUUCUUUUUUUUUUUUUUGCUUCAGAAAGGAAUUUGAGCAGCGAGUUGUUUAUUUUGCAGCUCAUGAUGAGGAAUUAUGUUGUUGCUUGUUCAUGUACAGAGCUUUCUCUGCUUUCUGUAGAAAACAAAUCUGUGGCUUUUUAAAAAAAUGUUGAAGAAAAAGUUUUGAAAAAAAAAAAAUGUUUUUUUUAUUGGUGCUCCUAUACAUUGUGUAUACAAACUAUUAUGAAUACUAACAAAGUAAAUGUG